CACGUAUGUGCAAAUGGACCGCAGCAGAAUACGGAACGCAGCCUGAACGAGUUUAUAGAGAGAGAGAGAUCAUGGAUGCUCUGUUAAUAUAUACCAUCGUGUCCGUAUUCCGAAAAUUGGAGGUUAUGUGGAACAUGUAAUUCCAUCACUUAGCAGUGAAUAUUUUAAAAUGCAUUUUCGGAUGAAGCCUUCAACAUUUGAAUACAUUUUGAAUGAAAUUGGAGAUAAACUUUGUCGUACAUCAGAUGGUAAUGAAAUGAUACCUGCGGACAAACAAUUUCUGUUAAGUCUAUGGCGAUUUGCAACUCCAGAUUCAUAUAGAUCAAUAAUUGAACGAUUUGGUGUUGGCAAAGCUACAGGUGUAAGAGCAGUGCGUCGUGUUGCUAAGGCACUGUGUGAAUUAUCACCAAGAUAUAUAACAUGGCCUACAGAAAAUAAAAUACAAGAUAUUAUAUAUAAUUUUUCUCGUCCGAGUGGCUUUCCUAAUGUUAUUGGUGCCAUAGAUGGCAGUCACAUAAAUAUUCCUGCACCCACAGAAAAUCCAGAAGCCUACGUAAAUCGUAAAGGACGUCAUUCAAUUCAUCUCCAAGCUGUUUGUGAUCACGCAAGACUAUUCACACACAUUUAUGUCGGAAACGUAGGUUCGGUUCAUGACGCUCGUGUGUUCCGUUUAUCAUCUCUCCAGGAAUACAUCAAUGAUCCCAACAAGUUCCCAAAUGAUACACAUAUAAUUGGAGAUGCGGCUUACACGUUACAUCAACAUCUUUUGGUCCCCUACGUUGAUAACGGUCAUCUUACACAGCGACAAAAAAAUUACAAUUUUUGUCAUUCUUCUGCUAGAAUGGUCAUUGAAAGAGCGUUUGCUCUUUUGAAAGGACGCUGGAGGAGUCUUUUACACGUUUUAGCAGUAAAUGACAUAGAGUUUGUUCCUUAUGACAUAUUGGCAUGCUGCGUAUUGCACAAUAUUUGUUUACUGCAGAAGGACGAACUAAAGUUAGAAGAAAUAUUUAUUGUAGAUAGAGAAGAAGUUAUAUUGCGAGAAGAAAGAAUUAAUGAUAAUAAUAGAUACAUUGCAGAAUUAAAGAGAAACAAUAUAUGUGCAAAUCUUCGUAUGAGAAAUGCGUAAGAAACAUACAUUUAAAAAAAAUAUAAGAAAUGCUCAGAUAUAUAUGUAUUUAUAAUGUAUAUGGAAAUUAUACCA